AUGAGUUGUUCUCUUAGUGUUUCUACAAUUCUUUCACCCGCUGAUGCAUCAAUGGUAGCAGCACUGUUAAAUUUUACGGAAUCCAACACGUAUAUCCACUACUCGACAUGUUGGGGCACAAGUGGUUACACACGUAAUAUCUUGUUAUAG